AAGCCUUUCCUUACGUGGCCAUGCAUAGGUAACUUCAGGGCAUUGAAUGCUCUGUCGCGUCCUUUGACACGGUUAACCGUUUACAAAACUGAUUUUGCAACGUUUUUUGUGAUAUACCAGGUACUCUAUCAUGCCUAGCGUGUGUGAAAAAUCCGUGAAAUUUCGGCAAAUCCUCGGUAAUCGAGUUUAGUGGUGAAUGUGAAGCGCAUUGUUUUUACCACGUCAAAAACUGAGCCAGUGUCGUGUGGUAGCCCGACAGAUAUAUUUGCUUUAUUGAUAUUUUGAGUGUCAGGCGUUUUGGUGUCUAUGCAUAUCUUGAGAGUUUGGACGGUGUUUUAGGCUACUAAUUACGAAGAAAUUUUUUCUCAAAACCCUCAAGGAACAUAGCUGAUAAAAUGUCAGAAAUAGUUUACCCCCAAGGGUGCAGAUCCGUUACGGAAGAUCUCGGUCCGGAUGAAUUAAUCAGACGUCUAAAGACAUUGGCACAUACCCUGCAAGCUAUGGGUCAGGAUGAGGGAAUGUACCAGCAGUACAUUCCAUUGGCUUUACACUUGGCCGAAGAUCAUUUCCUCAUGCACCAAAGUAAAGAUGUACAGUUAUUAAUUGCAUGUUGCAUUGCUGAUGUUCUCAGAGUUUAUGCACCUGAGGCUCCGUACAAAGACGCCGACCAGGUGAAGACAAUAUUUUUAUUUCUCAUCAAACAACUGUCAGGUCUAAAGGAUCCAAAAGAUCCGGCAUUCAAGCGGUACUUUUACUUGCUUGAAAAUUUGGCAUACGUGAAAUCUUUCAACAUGUGCUUCGAACUGGAAGAUUGUCAAGAAAUAUUCUGCGCGUUAUUUUCACUCAUGUUUAAAAUAGUCAACGACGAGCACUCUGGAAAAGUAAAAAGUUUUAUGCUGGAUGUCUUAUGUCCACUUAUAACGGAAUCGGAUAUAGUUGGAAACGAGUUAUUGGACAUAAUUCUGAUGAAUAUUGUAGAGCCAAAUAAGACUCAGAAAAAGAAUGCUUACCUGUUAGCAAAAGAACUUGUGAUUAAGUGCAGUGACACUCUGGAACCAUAUAUUCAAGCGUUUUUUAAUCACGUGCUGAUUCUUGGAAAGGAAGAGAAAGGUCUACAGAUAUGUAAAAAAGUGUAUGACUUAAUAUAUGAAUUGAAUCACAUUUGUCCCAGCGUUCUGCUAUCCGUCCUUCCACAGUUGGAAUGUAAACUGAAAUCAUCUUUGGAGAACGAGAGGCUGGGUGCCGUAGCUUUACUUGCUAGAAUGUUUUCAGAAAAAGGAUCGCAGCUAGCCAUACAGCAUACCCAGCUGUGGCGAGCGUUUCUAGGUAGAUUUAACGACAUAAGCGUAUCAAUUCGCAUAAAGUGUGUUCAGUAUUCAAUGCAUUUCUUACUGAAUCAUUCGGAGCUCAGAAAAGACAUUACCGAUACAUUGAAAUUGAGGCAACAUGACGCAGACGAAAGCGUAAGGUACGAAGUCGUCAUGGCAAUUGUUACCACCGCACGAAGAGAUUUUGAAGUUGUGUCAGACAGUGAAGAUCUGCUGGAAUUUGUGAAGGAAAGAACACUGGACAAAAAAUUUAAAAUUCGGAAGGAAGCUAUGUCGGGGUUGGCAAUGAUUUACAAAAAGCAUCUCAACGACGCUGACGUACCUCAAGCUACAAAAAAGGCAGUGACUUGGAUUAAAGAUAAAAUUUUGCAUGGAUAUUACAUGGCUGGAAUGGAAGAUAGAUUACUUGUCGAAAGGCUACUUAAUACAUGUUUAGUACCGUACCAACUAAGCCCAGAAGAGAGAAUGAAAAAACUGUAUCACUUGUUGGGAACUAUCGAUGAUCAUGCAUCAAAAGCAUUUGUUGAGCUGCAAAAGCAUCAAUUAGCGGUGAGAAGAUCUGUUGUCGAAUGGGUAGAGAUUACAAAGAAGCCAGAAUCUCCCAGUCGUGACCGAGACUUGUUGGCCAAAGUUUCACAGAUAUCACGUUUCCUACCAGAUCCAAUGAAGGCACAAGAAUUCUUACAGAAAUUUAGCCUUCAUAUGAAGAAAGACCCGACAUUGCUUCAAGGAAUGGAAACCAUUGUACAACCUAAUGUUACCUGUAAAGAAUGUGCAGAAACUACCAGUUUAGUUCUAAAGAAGCUGGGUCAACCGGUUAUGACUAAUCUAUACUACAACACAAUUAAAAUGUUGUUAGAGAGAGUGAGCUCAGUCAUGAUAGAUGAAGAAGCAAUUCGGGUAUUAAUUGGAUAUGUCUUGGACUGUUUAAAAGGAGGUAAUGUCAUUGAAGAAGUCGGAUUAAAUCCAAACAACGCUGGUGAAAAGGGAUUGAGAUUGCUUGUGAUCGUCAAAGAACUCCUGGUGAAGGAAAACAGUGAACAAACUACAGAUGUUAUAGAAGGUGAUUGGUGUCGAGAAGAUCAAUUACCUGAAGAAACGCGUUGCCGUUUAGAAGCAUUGAAAUGUAUGGCCAGGUGGCUGUUGGGACUUAAGAGUGACGUUCUUUCCGCCCAAAAAACAUUCAGAAUGCUUAACGCAUUUGUAGUAAAUAAAGGUGACCUAUUGCAACAAGGCAGAUUAAGUAGAGCAGAGAUGAGCUGGCUCAGAUUGCAGGCUGGGUGCUCGAUGCUUAAGAUAUGCGAGCAGAAGGGAGUAGGAGAUCAAUUUACAGCGGAGCAAUUCUACAAUCUAUCCCAACUCAUGGUUGAUGAAGUCCCACAGGUCAGAGAAGCUUUCGGAGGUAAACUUCACAAAGGUCUGGGCAGAGGGAUACCAAAUAAAUGCUUACCCCUUGAUUUUAUGGGGUAUUAUGCACUCGCUGGUAAAGAGCAAGAUAAGAGGCUGAAAUAUCUUUUGAAAACAUACAUGCAAACAGAUAUUAACAAAAGAAGAGACUAUGUAAAAACAUUAUCACUGGGAACUGUGGACAAAGCGAUGGGUCAAUUACCCCAUAUUCUACCUGACUACAUGCUGGUAUUUGCGGUCCCAAUUCUGGCACACGAUCCCGAGUUCACAAACUAUAAUGACACGAGCCAACUUAAGGUCAUUCAGCAGUGUCUUUGGUACAUUCUGGAGCCGUUGAUAACCAAAAAUGAAUUCUACUGUUACGGAUUUUACAAAAACCUGAUCGAGCGAAUGAAAAGUCACAAGGAUGCGUUGAAACCAGAGGAUGACAAUGUCAACUAUAAAUUAUGGGCCGUGUGUGAUUUAGCUAUGAAUGUUAUAUUUUCGAAGACAACAAACUUUGAUUUGAAAGAGUUCCCGAGUGAAACCCGCAUUCCUACAAUGUAUUUCAAGAAAGCUGAUGAACUCUUGGCAAAUUCUAAAAAUUACCUGCCUGCUGAAAUGCAAGUAAAUAUGUCCAGUCCCAAAGCGAAAGGUCUACUUCACAAUACACACAUCGGUAGUGACAGACCUCAACGUAGGACGAAAUCAAAACAGCAAAAGGAAGUAGGCAUUGGACCGAAUGAGACAGACGCUAGACUGCAAAUCGGAGAAAUGGAAUGUAUUGAUGCACAGCCUGCAGAAGCAUCAGAGACCAGAAUCCAACUUCCUGGAUUGGAUGACGAGAUCGAAGAACCACCGGCCAAAAGAAUGCUCAGAGAUUCUGAUAAAAUUAAUUUGAAGUGAAUCAAGAAUGUGUGCGGUUGCGUCGUGGGAGAGGAGAGGGGGGUACGGGGAUCGAUAUAAUACAGUAAAUAUAUGAGAAAAAAAAAUCUGAAGAAAAAAACAGUUUACAAAUUAGGAAACAGAAUAUUUUGGUUAUACACAACAAUUAUUACACCUAAGUCGUUCGCGUAUUUCUAGAAGUUUACCCGUUGAUGUUAUGACGCACUACACUUGAUGGCUGACACAUAUUUGUUUAUAAUUCAUAAAACUCAUUCUUGGGAAAACUUGUAGGACAAUAUCGCAGAGAUUCCUUUAAUAAAUAAUUUUGCAUUUGCGUCAGACAUAUGAAAUUUAAUUUAACCCCAACGUAUUAGGGUACGUUCCGUUUUUUUAAAUAUAUCUUAAAAAGUUUUGUACAUGCGAAUACGUGUUUAGGUAUUAUUCGUGGUACCCUCUGGCUGUGUUAUGAAUAUAUGAGUUGACAUCAUCAAAUUCAUUAGUUGAUUGGAUCCUAUCAUAACUUAAGCAUGAAUUUAAGACUGAAACAAGGUUUAGGUAGGAUUUUUGAACUGGUCUCGUUUAGAUUCUUUCAGUUGGUUUAAUCUUCUGUUAAAAAUUGUCACAUACCUAAAAAAGUAACUGUUUUAAGAUUAAUAGAGUUGAGGAUAACACACUUUACAUUUCAUAGUCGACCAUCGUAUUAAAUGUUCAGUUUGUAAUAUUUUAUGAAUUAUAUACUGAUAUCUGUCAACUUUUGAGGGUGUUUCAUUUCCUUAACACAUUAGGCUAGGUGUCUUGAUAACAGAAUCCCUGCAUAUAAAUGAUCUAUUUUACGUUUAUUUUUUCUUCUGUCAAGAGUCAACUUUUUUCUACAUUAAGCUAGUAUGAUAACAGCCAAAUUGCUGUCGAUUAAAGCUUGCACAGUAUUGAGCUCACGAGAAUCUGUUGUUUUACAUUAUACAAAUUUGAUAGUUCUCAUUGGAUAAGUUUAUUUAAUUUUAUAUUAAUCUUGAAUGAAAGAAAUUCGCCAUUCAGUCAGUAUCUAUUGGUAGUCGCGCUUUAUGUAAGCUAAAGUUGGAUCACCAGAGAUUCGAAUAAUUUUAAAGUCAUCUUGAGUUAUACUGGAAAGAAAUUAAUUUAUAUUUUGGGACGUUCCUUGUUUACCGUUAGCUCUACUUUUUUACUUAUUCAAGUAUGGCAAAGAUUUAAGCUGAUAAUUUAGGCAAAUCUCUAGUACUUAGAUUGGAUAUUUCUCGAUGAUAUUUGAAAAGAAUAUCAAUUACCAAUUUUUCAACCACGUCCAAUGCAAAUGCGAGCUUUAAAAGAAGUGACACAGCUUGGUUGGCUUACUUAUAAUCAUUUCUCAGCUAACUGACAUGUUCGAGUCAGCUGAGUGAUCCAAAGUUGUUAAUUUCUAUCAAUAUUAUGAUUACUAUUACUUCUAUUAUUAUGUAAUGAAAGUCCUGUGCGAUGACAUUUGCUGGAAGUUUUUGUCUACAAGUCUUGUUUACCAAUAAAUGCUUGCAAGAUUUCAGUAACUAUUUUACAUUAGUGAUUUAAGAGUUUCUUUUCUGCUAAUAAAUGGCUAGAUUGGAGUAGUUUUGUGGUUGGAUUGUUUUUGCUAAUAAUUAUUAUUAAUGACGUGUAGGUACAAAAGUUCACAGGACAGUGCUACAUGAUAAUAACUCCUACUUUACAAGUAAUGGA